AGCCUUCUUGUGUCUUAUCGUAAUGGACACAUCCCAGCAGUCAGCCAUGGCCGACAACGACUUCUACGUACGAUACUACGUUGGUCAUAAGGGGAAAUUCGGUCACGAAUUCCUAGAGUUUGAAUUCCGCCCCGACGGACGUCUCCGUUACGCCAACAACUCCAAUUACAAACAAGACUCGAUGAUUCGAAAAGAGGCUUAUGUGAGCCAGGCGGUCCUUGCCGAGCUACGACGUAUCGUUGAUGACAGCAAGAUAGCGAAGGAGGACGACAAUCUCUGGCCAGUGCCCGAUAAGAUUGGCCGUCAGGAGUUGGAGGUCAUCCUCGGUGGUGGUCCUGGAAAGGAAGCUAUACACUUGUCCUUCACUACGAGUAAGAUUGGAUCGAUGCACGAUGUAGCCAACUCUAAGGAUCCUGAUGGACUGAAGACUUUCUACUAUCUGGUUCAGGACUUGAAGUGCUUCGUGUUUUCUUUGAUCGGCCUACACUUCAGAAUCAAGCCUGUAUAAGGGAGGGUGAACGUAGAUGAGGGAGACGGUUGCAAUCCAGAGGAUGGUUAACCUCAGCAGAGAUUGCAGAUAGUCACAUAUUUUCCUCUGCUACUC